CAAUACUCCCAAGAACUUUUUGURAGCUCUACCACAAUGUGGCCGUCGUUGUUCUUAGCAUUUGUGGUAAAAUUUCUACUUYCUUGCGCAGCAAACAACGCUACGGCAAAUCAUCUUCAAGAGGCAUUACGCUUCGUGCAGAAUGUCGAAAACCAAACAAACUGUGAAAAAGUCGUCUACCUUGACGUCCUUCUUGACCACACACGGUGGAAAAGAGAAGGUCUCCUCGUAUUGGAGGUUGCUAACUUGAUGACCUCUUUAUGGCGAGUGAAAAAGYCCAACAACAACCGUUCCGUUGYCGAAGAUGACGAUUUUUUAUACGGAAACGUACGCUCCAUCGUCAUGUUUUCGCGCGAGUCUUUCGGUUCAGUAAUAUGCUUCGAUAAAAAUCAGUACAAGGAUUAUUACUUGUUUUGUCCGUAUGCCUUUAAGCCGCCAGGAAGAAGCAACACCAUUGAAAUCUUCGACAUYGCAGCCCAAGAUGGCGGCUAUGAUUACGAUAAUGAUGACAAUGCAAUUUGGUGGAAAGACACUAAAUUAAAAGCAAUGACUUUAAAACUUAAAACGCAAACAGAACUUUACUCAGUGAGGGUGAAUGCGACUGUUUUGAGCGAGAAAAAGAAGUAUCAAGUGCCUGUGGUUCGUUAUUCUGACGGUGUGUGGACGCGUCCGUACUACGACUGUUUUGGCGGGAAAAUAUGGAUGGUGACGUAUAUGGCUCCGUUUUUUAAUGAAAGCAGCCAAUUUCUAGGCGCUGUGAGCAUAGAUAUUCAGCUUAAGAAUAUUGACAUCAACCAAUGUGAUGAAAUCAAAAUUACAAAUGCCAAAUCAACAACAGACAGUCAAGAUACCAAACUCAUUGAGUUUUUGGGAACACAUCGGUGUAAGAAGGCGACAACGCAGUGCGUGCAUGUACCCAACCAAGGGUUUAAAAGAGGRAGCUACAMAUGUGAAUGCAAGAAGGGUUACUACUUCCCGAACCCAAGAGCUAAAACCAAACACUUUMAAGGUGAAGACGUAGAAGCUGCCUAUGACGCCAUGUUACAGGGCAAAACGGACAACUACAAGAAGGAUUUUGAGUGCCUGCCGUGUAGCCCAGGCUGYUCAGAGUGCACAGACAACAGUCCAUGUAUCUAUAGUGAAAACUACGCAGUCAGGAUAUUAUUAGUGUGUAUUAAUGCUAUUGUAAUUGCCAUGUCAAUUGCUUUUGAAGUUGCAAUUUGUGUCUACAGAAAGGACAAGGUUAUUAGGGCGUCAAGUCCACGUUUCCUGAUAAUCAGCAUCAUUGGAGCUAUAAUCGUUUAUACAACGCCGUAUGUGAUGUUAUCAGGACCUACUACCAUUCUAUGUAUAGUGGAUCCAUGGCUUCAACACAUGGGGUUUUUUAUAGCCUACAGCUCUAUCAUAAUCAAAACAUGGAGAGUUGCUGUUAUCUUUCGUGUUCGUUCUGCACAACGGAUAGCUCUGACAGAUGCAGUGCUCAUGCGCCGUCUUCUUUUCAUUGUCAUGUGUUAUGUCAUCUACAUGGUUCUAUGGACUAACAUUAGUCCACCAAAAGUAAUGCAAUCCAAGACGAGUGAAGGUUUGAUAUUUCAAAGAUGUGCUGUGAAAGAGUGGUCGGAAAUUUUAGAAGUUCUAGGUGACUUUGGUGUGCUUACGUGGGGCAUGUGGGUGUGCUAUCAAGUACGCAACGCCCCUUCUGCGUAUAACGAGAGUAAAUUCGCCAGCUGGUCCAUAUACAUUGCCAUGUUUGUCACAUGCUUUUCAACUGUUAUCAGAUUCACYAUUCGUGACAGCACAAAUCCAGAUGUUAUGUAUGUGUUAAACUUUGUCUUCAACCACACUACAGUGACCAUUAUGAUAGCACUCAUCGUAAUACAUAUUCGCAAGAACCGUGCAACUACUAAUGACACUGCCAGCGCCUGUAAUACACCAUGYCAAAACCCCACAAAUGAACGWUUCUAUUCCAAUACGAAUGACACACCAGUUACGAUAGAAUACGAGGAAUUUAGGGGUGAGAUCGAACGACUUGUCAACAAAGUAGCAGCUCUUCAAUCCCAGUUGAUGCAGGAGAGAAACAAGCAUGUCCAAAAAAGAGCAACUGCUGACCGAAGACCAAGUCGAWUGGUGCGUCUUGGGUUCGGUUUAGGAAUCCUAUCAAAUCCUGCAAACAAUGCGACAGUCGAAGAGAAGGAGACCGAGCUGUCAGUAUCGUCACGAAUUGUUGUAUCUGCAUAAAAUGCAUAAGGAAUAUUAAGUUUUUUUCRAAUGUUGAGAAGCUUGUCUAUCAGUUCGUGAUAAAUUUAUUGAUUAUAUGCCUGACCAGCUAACUAGAUGCACUGUGCUAAAUAGGGCUCAUACAAGUCAAAACAGCUAUCCACAGUUUCUAUAGCCAAAUUGGGUGAUUUGUUAUGCAAUUUGUAUUUCUCUUGUAAUGGACUAGUUAGCAUAGAGACUGGAGAGUGUGAGAGAAAUAACUUCCAUAGCGACGCAAGGACUGGACACAAGUUUGCAUGUGACAUUAUGUAAAUAUAAUCUGUGCAUUUAACAAAUAGAUCUCAUUUUUCUCAUUUUGACGUAAUCUGUG